ACCUUCCUUUCCUCUGUGACCUUUCCUCGCAUUUGAAAUCACCCUGCUGCUUACCGCGAAAUUUUUCAGUGUCAUCAAAUUAGUUUAACAUGGCAUUGUCUUCAAUUAAUCCAAUUUUAUUUUCAAAUUUUAUAAAAUGUACGCCAUGCGCAUUUAUUAGCUGUUUAAACCGGCAAAGCUCCUGGUGGUCACAUGUUGAAAUGGGUCCUCCUGAUGCAAUUUUAGGAAUAACAGAAGCUUACAAAAAAGAUACCAAUCCAAAAAAAGUUAAUUUAGGCGUAGGUGCAUAUCGGGAUGAUAGUGGAAAACCUUAUGUAUUACCUAGUGUCAAAGCAGCAGAACAAAAAUUAAUGUCACAAAGUUUGGAUAAAGAAUAUGCUGGCAUUGCUGGGAUAGCUGACUUCUGCAGUGCAGCUGCUAAAUUAGCUUUCAGUGAAAACAGUAUAGUUAUUAAAGAUAAAUUGAAUGCUACAGUCCAGGGUAUAUCCGGUACUGGUUCUCUGUAUAUUGGAGCUGCUUUCAUUAGUGAUUUUCUUAAGGGUAAUAAAGAAGUUUAUAUGCCAACUCCAACAUGGGGCAACCAUAUUCCACUUUUCAAGAGAUGUGGAUUAGCUGUUAAACAAUAUCGAUAUUAUGACCCUAAAACUUGUGGAUUUGACUUCAAUGGAGCAUUACAAGAUAUUGCUAAAAUUCCUGAAAAUUCUGUUAUCUUGCUUCAUGCUUGUGCACAUAAUCCUACCGGAGUUGAUCCUAAGCCAGAACAAUGGAAGGAAAUGUCCAAAGUCAUUAAAAGUCGCAAGUUGUUCCCCUUUUUUGAUAUGGCAUAUCAAGGAUUUGCAUCCGGAGAUUGUGAUCGGGAUGCACAGGCUGUCAGAAUGUUCAUUGAAGAUGGUCACCGAAUAGCUUUGGCACAAUCCUUUGCUAAAAAUAUGGGACUAUAUGGGGAGCGUGUUGGUGCAUUCACUAUGGUCUGUGAUUCAAACGAAGAAGCUCAGAGAGUAAUGUCACAGCUAAAGAUUAUAAUUAGACCUACCUAUUCAAAUCCACCAGUCCAUGGAGCCCGGAUAGCUGGACUUGUCCUCACAGACCCUGAUUUAAACAAGCAAUGGUUGCAGGAAGUGAAAGGAAUGGCUGACCGAAUAAUAGGAAUGAGGACCAGAUUACGUGAGGGCUUAAAAAAAGAGGGUUCCUCUAAAAACUGGCAGCACAUCACAGAUCAAAUAGGCAUGUUUUGUUUUACUGGAAUGACCCAAGACCAGGUUGAAAAGUUGACCAAAGAAUUCAGUAUUUAUCUUACCAAAGAUGGGAGAAUUUCUGUUGCCGGCGUAACAUCUGGUAAUGUUGACUAUUUAGCGCAUGCCAUGCACCAAGUUACAAAAUAGUCUUGAGGCUACAUCAUAAGGUGAUAAAGACCAUAGCUUUAUAGUUGGAAGGAAAACAAUGUUUUGUGCCUUCACAAAAUUAUGGAGUAUUAGACAUCAAGCUUCAAUCAUGUAAAUUUAUUGGACACAAAUUAAAAUGAAAUUGUAAAUCAAGAAUCUGUAUUUGCAUGUUGAUUAAUACAGAAAAUUUUAAAUAAAUUUGAAAUAUGUAUGUAUAUAUUUCAGUUAAUUAAAUUAUGAUUGUUAAUCUC